AUGUCUCUUGUUGCUGAUUACAGCUCGGACGUUUCGAGUAGCGACGAAGAAAUCACAUCAACUGAAAUAAAGACAGAAACUCCAAAAAAAACUUCAAUAUCUUCCUUACUCCCACCACCAAAAGCCCUAUCUAAAAGCAAGAAGGACGGUGCAUUAAAAACAACAAAUUUUAUGCCCCAUGCGAUCACAAGAAAGAAACCCGUCAUGCAAGCAAAAUCUGAUACAAAAAAUGAGGAUGAUACUGAAGAUGUAAACACAAUUACAGAAGCAUUUUUUCCGUUAGGGCCUGAAAUAACGAAUAUAAAAUCAAUUAAUGAGACCAAGGAUGCAUCAGCAGCUUCUGUUGCCACUAGAGACAAUAUUGAACCCUAUGCGAUUGCAGGUGCAACUGACAUUUCUUUUCCCACAGAUGGAUAUACAUAUAACGAAUAUUAUAAUGAUGGCCAAUGGCAAGAAAAUGCAAAUGCUUACGAAGAAUAUCAAGGAAUGUAUGAUGAACCACAACAGAAAAUGGGAAGUGAGCAGGCACAAUUGAAUUGGGAACUAGAUGACGAAAUGAAACUGGGAGGUCGAAGAGGAAAGAAAGAGGGGCCAAUUAAAAUUAAAGAAAUUAACGCAGCCGAUCAAAUGGCUGAUUCAUGGCAAUAUCAAGUUGCCAAUUUGUCAAAACCGACCAGAGGAUCAAGCGAAGGAUCUGCGCGUUUAAAACCUACUAGAGGUCAGAAGAGAAAACAUAACCUAAUGUAUUUAGCUUUUCAUGCAACUGCAAUGGAAAGUGAAUUGAAAGAACAGCAUGCGUCAAAUAGAAAAACUAAGAGAGAAACACAAGCAAAAUAUG